GUUUUGUUCUCCAAAUCUGGUGUUGUUCUUCCUCCAGUAGUAAUGGCUCUGAAAUUCUCUUCGCCGAUGGAAGUCCGGAGUGUUUCCUUUCUGGAUUCUAGUAAACUCAACCUUCAUAGGUUUAAAGGGGGAUUUGCUUUCAAGAAAAAGGAUAAUGGACCAAAAUUUGGUGGAAAAGUUUGUUGUUCAGCACAGCCACCUCCUCCAGCCUGGCCAGGACGAGCAGUCCCAGAGCCAGGACACAAGAUUUGGGAUGGUCCAAAGCCUAUCUCCAUCGUUGGAUCCACUGGUUCCAUUGGAACCCAGACUUUGGACAUUGUUGGUGAGAACCCUGAUAAGUUCAGGGUUGUGGCUCUGGCAGCUGGUUCCAAUGUGACACUUCUUGCCGAUCAGGUGAAGAGAUUCAAGCCUCAGUUGGUUGCUGUUAGAAAUGAAUCAUUACUUGCUGAACUCAAGGAGGCUUUGGCUGAUGCCGACUACAGCCCUGAGAUCAUUCCUGGAGAGCAAGGUGUUGUAGAGGUUGCUCGCCACCCAGAUGCUGUCACAGUAGUUACAGGAAUAGUAGGUUGUGCGGGUUUGAAGCCCACAGUAGCUGCAAUAGAAGCAGGAAAAGAUAUAGCACUGGCAAAUAAAGAGACUUUGAUUGCUGGAGGUCCUUUUGUGCUUCCACUUGCUCGCAAGCAUAAAGUGAAAAUACUUCCUGCUGAUUCAGAACAUUCUGCCAUAUUUCAGUGUAUCCAGGGUUUGCCAGAGGGUGCACUUCGUCGCAUUAUUUUGACUGCUUCAGGAGGAGCUUUCAGGGAUUUUCCUGUUGAAAAAUUGAAAGAAGUGAAAGUUGCUGAUGCUUUAAAACACCCUAACUGGAAUAUGGGAAAGAAGAUAACAGUUGAUUCUGCUACCCUUUUCAAUAAGGGCCUAGAAGUAAUUGAAGCCCACUAUCUCUUUGGGGCUGAAUAUGAUAAUAUUGAGAUUGUGAUUCAUCCACAGUCAAUCAUACACUCGAUGAUUGAGACACAGGAUUCAUCCGUCUUGGCUCAGUUAGGGUGGCCUGACAUGCGUUUGCCAAUACUUUACACACUAUCUUGGCCAGACAGAAUUUACUGCUCUGAGAUAACCUGGCCUCGUCUUGAUCUUUGCAAGCUUGGUUCCCUAUCAUUCAAAGCUCCUGAUAAUGAUAAAUACCCAUCUAUGAAUCUUGCCUAUGCUGCUGGACGAGCUGGAGGCACCAUGACUGGGGUUCUUAGUGCAGCAAAUGAGAAAGCUGUGGAGAUGUUUAUUGAUGAAAAAAUCAGCUACCUGGAUAUUUUCAAAGUUGUGGAGGAGACAUGCGAUAAGCACCAGGCAGAAUUAGUGGCAAGCCCAUCUCUCGAGGAGAUCGUACACUAUGAUCUGUGGGCCCGGAAGUUUGCUGCAAAUUUACAACCAUCAUCUGGCUUAAGUCCCGUCCCUGCAUGACUUGCAGCAAACCUUACAUAACUAAGACAAUCCUUUGACUGGGAUCUGGUGACCUUCAGCCUACAAUGGGAAUUAUGGUGGAGAUGCAUUUGAAGCUGAAGCAACUGUAUUAUAAUUCUCGAUGAUAACAGCAGAGCAUCUCUAAAUGUAUGAUUGCAUGCAUUAGUUUCUUGUUGGUUAACAGAAAAUUUUAUUUGAUGUCAAUAAAAAAGGGAAAUUUUG